UCGUCGUCUUCCUUGUCGGAAUUUUGUUCAUCGCCUCUUGGCACAACACAGUGCUUGGAUCCCAGUGAUCUCAAGAUGGAAUUCCUAGACUCUUUGGACACGUGUACCGUGGGUAGUUGGGGCUCGCACAACCUUAACCUCAACCUCAUGGAAGACCAAGGGUCUUUCAACUUGUGGCAAGAGUUGGAACAGACCACCUCCCCUUCGUCCACGGGCACGCCCCUAGCCAGCCCCUUGUCAUCGCCGGCCAACAGCUUGGUGGACGAUCCUUUGGGCCCUCAUGUGGCCUCAGCCUCAGAUCUCAUGGACUUCAUGGAACAAGCUGACUUGCCGCAAUUAGCCGAACAAAUGUUACAGAACAACGAUGCCUUUACCCUAUUACACGACCUCGAGCUGGAGAGCCUCGAGUCUCAAGACCGUGACAGCCUCAGUGUGAACGGGGGGGACGAGGCCAUCAAGGCCGACUUGAUGUGGUCCUCCACCGUUAGCAACCACAAGCGUAAUCGCGACGUUAGUCUCACCUUGAGUGAGUGUGCUGAGGCCUUGUUCAAAGACGUGGACCUGUUGGGGUCGAGCCCACCUUUGAUCGGCAUCAGCCCGCACAACGUCUUGGGUGUCAAGACCGAGGCAUCCGACAGUGAUCACGAAGACGAGGAAAUUGACGUGGUCAGCGAUGACAGUGCCUCCACCGUGUCGGCUUACUCCACGGGAUCCAGCUUCUCGCCUACCUCCUCCACCUCCACCUACAGUCGCUCGACCAUUCGACCCGCCUCCGGCAAGGUGGCCCCGGCUCCCAGUCGCCCGUUCAACGUGAAGGCAGGCCGAUCGUUGCUUCGGAACCGGCAACAACCUCAGGCUACCAUGCCCGCCCCUCGUCCCUCUGUGACCGGCCAUCCCAUCGUCAUUGAUCAUAUGAAUGGUGAUCACUGCUAUUUCCAAGUACGACCCCCAGUGUCCCCGGCCAGCAACAACGGUAUCUUGACCCCCAAUGAAAGCAGUGACGAUGAGGAUCAAAUCCUCCGGAUGGAACACGGAACCGUACUUCAGCGAGGCCAGAAGCGAAAGCUUUCACCUAGCCGUCUUCCUCACCAGACCGGUGCCAACAACACCUCGAGCAACAACCGUAGUCGAACCAACAGCAUGUCGGAGAAUGUCAAGUUCAAGUUCCGAAUGAAGUUCCAAUCAAACAGUCCCCAGAGGCGUUCCUUGCUAGCCAUGAAUAACCGGCACCAUCUGAAGCGAAAGUCGGCUGUCAACAACUCUCACUGUCCACCCUCCCCGAUCAAAGAGGGUCAAGUUCAAGAAGGCGAAGGCAACGUGGGCAUCAUCUCCCCUCGAUCCAUGUCAGCCACUCCCGGCCUCAAGACGUCCUCUAGCCUGUCAAAGAAGGCCCGGAACAAUUCGGGUGGUAGCCACAAUGGUAGCAUCAGCAAUGGGAGCACCAGCAACGGCGGGGGAAUUGGGGACACGCAGAAAUGCCGAGAGAUCCGUGAUCUCCACAACUCUAUGGAGCGACAACGUCGAGUGGACCUGCGCAACAACUUUGACCAACUCAAGGAAGUUGUCCCCGAAUUGGCCGAUGUGGACAAGGCCUCCAAGUUGAACAUCUUGAACAAGGCAUCCGAAUUCUGUCGUCAGCUCACGGCCGCUGACAGUCGUCUGAAGCGAGACCGUGAAACGAUUCAAUCUCGCAACCUGGCCCUCAAGCGGAAGCUCCAGCAAUUGAUGGCCUCUUAUCCCAGUGGCUCCCAAGGCUCGUCAAGAUCAGUGGGGAGAAUAUCAGUGUUUAGCAGACACUAAGCGGGUGCGGGUUCACGAUCCCGUGAACACGCCCUCUCUUUAGACCUUUGCUCAUUGUGAUAUUGUCCCAUCUCCUGGUCUCGUGUCUGCCCAUGACUAAGACAAGCUCAACGGCCUCCGAAUGUCAAUAACCUUGGAAGGGGACCCCCCACCCCCCUGGCCUUUAAAUCGUCCUCUACCGCCCCUUGGCACCUCGCAUUAGCCCUUAAGGAAGAAAAGAAGCAAGAAAGAUAGAUCGAUAGAUAGACAGACAGAGCGAAGAGUAUGAAAACAAAAACUAUUAUGACAUCUCUUUCUAUAUUUACACCCCCGCAUCAGAGUUAUAACCGUUCUGUAGGAAGUUGUAGUAGUAGCUUACCAAGCACACUCCCAAAUAGCCUGAAUUGAUCGCUUAUCAUCAACAUCACUAUUUACCCUCAACCCGAUUGAACUUCCCAAUUUCUAAUUAUUAUCUUAGUUUAUGUGCUCUCAAGCUUCCCAGCCAAUCAAAAAUACCCCCGCUUGGAACUCUUUUUUUUCCGUUCUCAAGCCUUAUCAAUAUGAAGAAGCAUGUACUUACUCUCUUCCAACGCCACGAAGUUGAACACUUCCUCCAUCCUACCUCCUCACCUCCUCCCUCUCUCCCUCUCUCCCUCUUCGAAAGAGUCCCCUUCAAAAUCACUUGUUCCUUCUCCCGGUCUAUGUAUGACCUCAGUUGAGAGCAAACAAGCAGCAACUAUUACAUUAACCCUUACCUAAAAUUACCCUCCUCACCUCCAAGUGACCAAAUAUGAUUUGGGCCACCUCCGACUUCGUCACCCCGUUCCCCCAAGCAAAAACUAAGAGAUAUCCCGAAGUCACCGGAGGUCCAUUUCAUCCAUCCAUUGAUCUCAAUUGUUGUAAACAAAUUCUACUGCUACAACUGUUGCUAAUGUGUAUGUAUAUUGAGUGUGUAGAAAUCCGCCAAUAAGUUGUUCCAUCUUUUUGCUAACGUGUGUGCGUGUGCAGUUAUGUUCUUGUCUUCAAUUAUCAGUUGGCUUCGAUUUCUCCAUUGUAAUGAUAUCCCGAUUUCAACACUCGUCUUCGAAUCGAGUGGCGACAAUUCUUGUCCUUGUUCUUUUUUGUCGGCGUGAACGCCACCGAUGUGUUGUCGAUGAAUAAGAAUUCAUAAUAAUAUUAUUAUAGUUUCAA